AUGGUCGUCGCUGGUGUGGACACAGAAACUAUCGAGAUUUUGGAGAAAGAACUAAACAAAACUGCAGCGGCAAAAGCCGCAGUGAUGACCAGAGCGAUGAAGAGGGCGAGAGAAUAUGGCGAUUGGAGUUUUGCAACGCUCGACAUGGUGACCAAAGUAAAGAACAAAAAGGUAAAGGUGACACACAGUUCUCCACUACUACCACCAGCUUUGGAGGAAAAACCCACGCUUGUGUUAGACAUGGACGAGACACUAAUCCAUGCCCACAAGUCCACAGCGUCCCUCAAGCUCUUCAGUGGGAAGAUUCUUCCAUUGCAGCGCUACCUUGUCGCAAAGCGGCCGGGUGUGGAUACAUUUCUAAAUGAGAUGAGUCAGAUAUAUGAGAUCGUGGUUUUUACUCGAGCGGUGAAGCCUUAUGCGGACAGGAUAUUGGAUAGGCUCGACCCAGCUGGGAAUCUCUUCACCCAUCGCCUCUACAGAGAUUCAUGCUCGCCCAAGGAAGUGGGAGGGAGAAAGGUUGUGAAAGAUCUUUCAAGGUUAGGGCGGGACCUCAGACACACGGUGAUCGUGGACGACAAGCCAGAGUCCUUUUGCUUGCAGCCCAGCAAUGGAAUUGUCAUCCGGGCAUUCAAAAACAGGAAAGGGCAUAAAUAUGAUGAAUUGAAGAAGAUAAGCAAUCUGCUUAAGGAAAUUGCAAGAGUUGAAGAUGUAAGACAAGCAUUGGAGAAGCUUAGAGGUUAG